ACUCUGCUUCUACCUCAUCUUCCUCGAACCUCCUUACUGCUUAGUAAGACCAAACUCCAAAAGGGAACCGCGCUCUCUGCUUUUCUGUCCUGUUUUUUUGUUUAAUCUUUCUUUUCUUUGGUGCCUUUAAUUUGUUUUGUCCUCUUCCCCAUCAUAUCCUUGUUAUUACCUAUCUUCAUAAAUAAAUUAAUGGACGCCAAAGUGCUCUCUUCCGGAAUCCGUUACUCAAACUUGCCCCAAAGCUAUGUCAGACCAGAAUCCGAGCGUCCUCGUCUCUCCGAAGUGUCUGAGUGUGAAGACGUUCCUAUCAUCGACCUUGGUUCCUCCGACAGAUCCCAGAUUAUUCAACAAGUCGGUGAUGCCUGCAAGUUCUAUGGCUUCUUCCAGGUUAUAAAUCACGGGGUGGCUCUAGAGGAAGUGAAGAGAAUGGAAGAAGUGGCAUAUGAGUUCUUCAAGUUGCCGGUGGAGGAGAAGAUGAAACUAUACUCAGAUGACCCAUCAAAGACAAUGAGACUCUCCACAAGUUUCAAUGUAAAGAAAGAGACUGUGCAUAAUUGGAGAGACUAUCUUAGGCUCCAUUGCUAUCCCUUGGAUAAGUAUGUCCAAGAAUGGCCUUCUAAUCCUUCAUCUUUCAAGGAAACAGUGUCAAAUUACUGCAAAGGAGUAAGAGCACUGGGCAUGAGAAUACAAGAAUUGAUAUCGGAGAGCUUAGGGUUAGAAAAGGAAUACAUAAACAAUGUGUUGGGAGAACAAGGACAGCACAUGGCAGUGAACUACUACCCACCAUGCCCAGAGCCAGAACUCACGUACGGAUUGCCAGGACACACUGACCCUAAUGCCCUCACAAUUCUGCUCCAAGACCUCCACGUUUCCGGCCUUCAAGUCUUCAAAGAUGGCAAGUGGCUCGCCGUUAAGCCCCAUCCCAAUGCCUUUGUCAUUAACAUUGGUGACCAACUGCAGGCUUUGAGUAACGGGAUCUACAAGAGUGUGUGGCAUCGGGCUAUAGUCAACUCUGAGAAGCCAAGACUUUCUGUGGCUUCGUUUCUUUGUCCCUGUGACUCUGCUUUGAUAAGCCCUGCUAAACCACUCACGGAAGAUGAAAAUGGAGCCGUUUAUAGGGGAUUCACCUAUGCAGAGUAUUAUAAGACUUUUUGGAGUAGGGACUUGGUUAAAGAACAUUGUUUAGAACUUUUCAAGAACAAAUAAGAUUUGUGUUUGGUAAGAACUAAAAUUAAGAGUAACAGGGGAGGGAGGAAACAAAGAAUAUUUGACUUCUCAAGUUUCACUUCUUUUUUUCUAUCCAGGUAUCCAUUCCUCACAAGUCACACCUAAGAAGCACUCUAUGAUUGUUAGUGGCAUUUGCGUAUUGAAAACUGAACAUGGUCAUAUAACUUUGUUCGACACUACGCUUGCUCGUGAUAUGUUUUGAAGGAUUACACCUUGUGUAGUUUUCUUGUAGGAACAGUUAAAAAGGAGUGUAGUGGAAUUUAUUUGUUAAACCUUCAAAAUUUGUUAGUGUUGCUUAUUCAUUCUUGGUCUAAUAAUCGUUAGCAGUUUGUAAUUAUGUUGUCACGUUUUUAAUUAGAAUGAUGUUUUCUCAUAAUGUUUUUAAAAGGGGUGUAGUUUUCUCACUAGAAAACUAUAUGUACCUACAUUAUUGGACUGUUCUAAUAUAUAUAUCUCAAUAAUAUAUUCUCUCUUUGUUAAUUACUUUACUAUGCAUAUACUUCAAUUGGAAAAUGGAAAGUUCUUGUUAAUUAUCCGAAAAGUAUUUGGCAUUACAGAGAAGGAUCCGAAAAUAUAUGACUUGUUAUAGUAUAGAGGUAGAAUACAAUCAACGUGUUCAUUAUUCUUCGCCUAAUGUGUACUUUAGAGGAGAAAAAUUAACAUUUUCCGUGGAAGAAGGCACCAUAAGUAGAAUCUGUCAACCCAUGUAUAACAUGAUAAACGAAUCCAUGGCCAACAAUUUUAAGGCUUCUUGAGGAAUUCCAUGAUAUAGGUGUUGAAAGCGCAGCAGAGGACUCGGAAACCUUGGAAUCCAGCAGCCAUGGCAAGGGCCUCAAACUCUUUCUCUGUUCUCUCUUUCCCACCUGGGUUGUGAGCCAACAUGAUCACGUCGAUGUGGACCACGCCCUUCGUGGCCAAGCUAGAAUCCGGCGCCACCGGAAGAAUGCAUUCGGCCACUAUCACCUUCCCGUUGUAGGGGAGUGCAUCAUAGCAGUUCUUCAAAAACUUUAUGCAAUGAUCAUCACUCCAGUCAUGGCAAAUCCACUUCAU